UACCCCCCCCCCCCUCCAGUAGAGGAAGCAGAAUCGCUGACAGGGCUGGGCAGCAGUAGCGGAGACGCGGCGACGACAGAACCGGACCGAACCGCGAGCAGCGAGGCAGAGACAGCAGGCGGAAAGCAGCAAGCCGAGCCGCCGGUACCGCGUGUUCCUCCUCUCCCAGACCGAGUUUAGGCGCCGCAAAGAUGAACGACCAACAGUUAGACUGUGCCCUGGACCUGAUGAGGCGUCUGCCUCCACAGCAGAUCGAGAAGAAUCUCAGUGACCUCAUCGACCUGGUGCCUAGCCUGUGUGAAGAUUUGCUGUCCUCUGUGGAUCAGCCUCUGAAGAUCGCUCGGGAUAAGGUGGUGGGAAAAGACUACCUGCUCUGUGAUUACAACCGAGAUGGCGACUCCUACAGAUCUCCAUGGAGUAAUAAGUACGAGCCCCCCAUCGAUGAUGGUGCAAUGCCCUCGGCUCGUCUGAGGAAGCUGGAGGUGGAGGCUAACAAUGCCUUCGACCAGUACAGGGACCUGUAUUUUGAGGGCGGAGUUUCAUCCGUCUACCUGUGGGAUUUGGAUCACGGUUUUGCUGGAGUCAUCCUCAUUAAGAAGGCCGGAGACGGCUCCAAAAAAAUUAAAGGGUGCUGGGACUCCAUCCACGUGGUGGAAGUGCAGGAAAAGUCCAGCGGUCGUACAGCUCACUACAAACUCACGUCCACUGUGAUGCUGUGGCUGCAGACGACCAAAACCGGCUCUGGAACUAUGAACCUGGGCGGCAGCCUCACCAGACAGAUGGAGAAAGACGAGACAGUCAGUGAGUCUUCCCCACACAUCGCCAACAUUGGCCGCCUGGUGGAGGACAUGGAGAACAAAAUCCGCUCCACCCUGAAUGAGAUCUACUUUGGAAAGACCAAGGACAUUGUUAAUGGUCUAAGGAGUGUCCAGACCCUGGCUGAUAAAUCCAAGCAGGACGCUCUCCGGAACGACCUGGUCGGAGCACUCAACAAACGCAAACAGCAGAGCUAGAGGCGCCCUCCUCCUCCCUCGCUUCUCUCUCUCUCUCUUUAUUUCUCUCUUUAUCUCUAUCUCUCACUCUUUAUCACACUUUCUCUCUCUUUUUCUCUCUAUUUCUCUCUCUCUGUCCACCUCAUGUUUAAUUUGUCGCAAUUAGUCGUCAGUUCGGUCACCGCUGCGCUGUCUGUCUGUCUGUCUCAGUCUGUCUGUCUGCUCCCGUCUGAAAUCCGGAAAUCAAACGGCAAAAAGGAGAAAAUGCUCAGCUUUGGGAUUUUUUUUUUUGUUUUGUUUUUGUUUUAUUUUUUUGUUUGUUGGUUUGUUUGUUUCUCCCACUCAAUUUUUGAGGCAUCUCACAUCUUUCUCUUUCACUCUUUAUAACACAUUUUUCUCUCUCUCUCUCUUUUUAUGAGUAGUAUUAAUAUAAAGAUAUUGAGAUUCUGACGGUUAGGCUGUCGUCUGCGCUUUGGCCUAAAAGAGAGCGGACCCGAACCGAGCCGGACGUUCAGCUCGAUUGUUAGCGCAGCGCUUUCUCAGCCCCGGUUCUGAACGUUUACUUUACUGCAGGGUGAGAGAGACACUGAUACUCAUACUGAUAGACGGGGCUGAACCUGAGCGUAAAAUAACACACAGCAGUUAUAUAUUUACUGAAGUACUUCACAUACAGCCACCUCUAUCUACUCUUUAUUCUUUCUCUCUCUCUUUUUUAAUCUCUCUCUCUCUCUCUCUCUCGCUCAGCUCAGCACUCUGUUGUUUAUGUUUGGGGGUGGUUUAUGGUUCAUGGUUUAUUGGAUUAUUUUAUGUCUUCAUGUUUUUUUUUGGUUUGUUUUUGUAAAGCUUACAGUUCAUGUAUUAUUAGAGCCUCCAGCAACAAUAAAACAGUAAAAUGCUCGAAGUGUAGAUCUGUCCAAUUGUGUUUCUGACCGUGUGACACGGCUGAGGGGCUGCAAAGUGUAUAAACUUAACACACACACACACACAUAUACACACAUACACAAUGUGCACACACACACACACACACACACAGACUCACACAAUGUGCACACACUCCACAGGAGUGAAAAAAAAGGAAUGAAACUAAUAAAAACGAGAAUUUGAAUAGAUUUU